GAGGAAGUGUCCAGUAACUUUCAUUUUCAAGCCUGUGCUCUUCUCGAGGCAUCAGGAAGGGACUACGGUUGUUACAUAUGGCUGAAGACACACGCAACAAAAACCCACUUAAGAUUUUGGAAUCUGUGGGCAAAGAACUCAUUACUGGCGUUUUGGAUGACUUGGUGGGAAAAGAUGUCCUGAAAUUGGAGGAAGAGGAGAAGAAAAAAAUUUAUGAUGCCAAGCUUGGAGACAAGGCGCGGGUCUUGGUGGACUCUAUGCGACAGAAACGCCAUGAGGCAGGUCAAAUCUUUGUUCAAACCUUCCUAAACAUAGAAAAAAAUUCCACCAGUAUAAAAGCUCCUGAGGAAAUCGUGACUGGACCAGAUGAGUCAGCAGAAACUACAGAUACCCUCAAGCUUUGCCCUCAUGAUGAAUUUCUUAAACUGUGUAAAGAAAGGGCUGAAGAGAUCUAUCCAAUAAAGGAGAUAAAGUCCCGCACUCGUCUGGCUCUCAUCAUAUGCAAUACAGAGUUUGAUCAUCUCCCUCUCAGGAAUGGGGCUGCCCAUGACAUCAUGGGAAUGAAGGGGCUGCUUGAGGGCCUUGGCUACAGUGUGGAUGUGGAAGAGAAACUCACAGCCAGGGAUAUGGAAUCAGUGCUGUGCAGAUUUGCUGCCCGUGAAGAGCACAAAUCUUCAGACAGCACAUUCUUGGUGUUCAUGUCUCAUGGCAUCCUGGAUGGAAUCUGUGGGACUAUGCAUAGUGAUGAAAAACCAGAUGUGCUACCUUAUGACACCAUCUUCCGGAUAUUCAACAACCGCAAUUGCCUCAGUCUAAAGGACAAACCUAAGGUCAUCAUUGUCCAGGCCUGUAGAGGUGCAAAUCGUGGGGAAUUGUGGGUCAGUGACUCUCCAGCAGCCUUGGCAGACAGCUCUUCACAGUCGCCUGAGAACCUGGAGGAGGAUGCCAUUUACAAGACUCAUGUGGAGAAGGACUUCAUUGCUUUCUGCUCCUCAACCCCACAUAAUGUGUCCUGGAGAGACAUCACAAAAGGUUCUCUCUUCAUUACUCAACUCAUCACAUGCUUCCAAAAAUAUUCUUGGCGCUGUCAUCUAGAGGAAGUAUUUAGGAAGGUACAAAAAUCAUUUGAAAAACCAAAUGUUAAAGCCCAGAUGCCCACCAUUGAACGACUCUCCAUGACAAGAUAUUUCUACCUCUUUCCUGGCAAUUGAAAAUAAAAAUUACAGGAAGUUCAGCUGUUUCAACUUCAAGAAGCACUUUUACCAGUACAGAACACAUGUUUAACCUUUUGUCUUUCAAUGAAAAUGAAAACAAAUGAACUGGGUUUUUUGGGGUCUUCUAAUAGAGAAUAGACUUUCAGUUAAAAUGGUGGAUGGAUGGAAAUGAAGUGGAAGAAGCAAACUGGGUUUUCUAGUUUUAUUGCAUAUAAUAUCUGCACUUCAUUGAGUGAAGGGAACUGGUCAUGACUUGCCCUCAGCAAUAGGGUGAAAGGAGAUGGUGCUCAUCUGGAGACAAGAGCUGUAAAUUGGUCAGCUCCUCCUUUAUACGCUCAUCAAACCCCAGGCCUAGGAUUGUGCAGAAGAAGUUUUCUAAUAUAUUAUUCAACCAACAUCAUAGCUUGAGUACAUUUUUUCUUCAGUAAGUUAUGAUUUUAGCAAAUUACACCUAUGCAUCUUUCUUCCUAUCUAUAAGUUAAUUUGCUUUCUUGUUGAUUAUUUUCUUUCCAGAUUUCUGCAUAUUUCCAAGCUUCAGGAAAAUUUUAUUAUUUAG